ACGAGUGUAUGCGUCGGUCUUAUCCGCGAUGACAUCAUAAUGUCAUGGUUUGUGACGUCAUCGCAACCAACGAUCAGAAAUCCAUGAAACAAAAACACCAAGCAUUUCGACUUUUGACGUUUCAAAGUAAAGGACAGCGAGAUGGCGCUUAAUGGCUUUGUGUUUAUAUAUAUUGUAUCCUUUCUUGCUAUGGAGGAUUCCCCGACCCAGACUGGGGUCCCUGGCCGGCUCACGGUCGCAGCCGCCGGGCUGACGGUUCCAGACCAGCCCCUGAUAGCGCAGGCUGGAUGGUGUCCCCAAACCACGCAGACAUCCCCGGAUUCCUACGGUUUGAACCCGGCGCCACUGCGGUCAAGAACCCGGUUCAGAUACCCACUAGACGAUGAGCUUCUGGAACCGGAACCGGAGCAAUUGACCUUGGAUGAAAGACGCACUUCUUCGGUUUGGUUUGCCACUGACUCUAGGUGGCGCCGGCGAUCCAGAGGGGGGAGUGACAUCACAGAAAAAGACUACACCUGCUUUCCAGAACCGGUUAAAGGCGCCUCUCCGGGUCCCGUAAGGCACAGAACCCGAACCCUGCUGGUGGUUCCUGCAGCGGCAAAAACUGAGCCCGACCCCGCGAUGUUUCACACCGGCAGCGGCACGGCGUUCUUGUCUUCCCCUGCGCUUCUGCGGAACUUGUUUGCAACCAAUCCAAUCCAAAAUGCGGGUCAAAGCCCAGUCUGGCCCCUGAUCCAAACUCGAAGCGCUUUACGUGAUCCGAACCUCUUUAAACCGUCACCUCAAGUAAGGGUCCGAACUCGGAUCACGGCCGGUCCCCUUGAUUCCUUCCUGGGCUCAAACCCACAGUCUGGGCGUGCGGAGAAGUCUGGCCCGAUUAGAGACGAGAGAGGCGGUCCCGGCUCUGCCAGGUCCGGGUUACAGAGCAGAAAAAUAGCGUGGCUAUUACUACUGGAGCUGGGGCUACUAAUAAAGCAGGACUUUUUUGACCGGUCCUACGGUAUGAAAACACCGCUUCUCCCCCGGCUGGCAUUGCUCUGCGGCGGCUGUAUCCGAUUUGUGAUGCGGCUGCUAAUCACCGAGAAGACGCGGCAGAAAAACGAAUCACCGCCGUCGGUACCGGAGAAACCCGAGAGCGCUUUUACAGAGGGUCAGCCAACCGUCACGGAGAUAGCGGGACGCCGCCUGUUCUGUGGGGGGGCGGUGCUUCACACGGACUACAGCGGCCGCCUGGAAUUCUGGGAAAUGGAGGCGAACGACGAACCGCAGUUUUAAGGCUGCCGGUGUUUCUUCAUGGCUGGUGUUUGUUUAUGAGAUAAAUGUGUGCGUUUGUUUUUGUGUGUCGAGGUGCGUCCAG